AUGGAUGGUGGAAGCAAAGAACCAAAUGAAAGUUCAGGUGGAGGUCUUUAUCCAAAACGGGACCAUACUGCAGAACGCGAAAAAGCCCUCUGUUUUCAAGGGGCGUACAUGGCAGCUUAUAAUGCAUUUUUGCAAUAUUACGCAAGGAUGCCCGGAGAACUGGUCCGACCGGCUUCAGAUCUGGGCCAGAGCCAUCUCUGCUAA